GGAGGCACGACCUCACUGAUUGUGACACUUCCCUGUGGACUAGGGGUGCUGAGGGCCCUGAUGGGCAGGCGCCAAUGACCACUUCACCAUGGCCAAAGGGGUGAGCUCCAACCAGUUCCAAAGCCCGCAUCAUGUACCUAUGAAGUAAUCUAUCCGUCAACGGGAAAGCUCUGGAGACGUCAGAAAUAUCUGCCGUGGGGCAACCUUCCUUGCCCACACCUCUUUUUAUGUAAUUUAUGCCUCUCCUAGAAGAUAACCAUUAUCUCUCUCCAUGUGCGUCUUCUGUUUUCCAAAGGCUCUGGCCCACAUAUUCAAAACCUAUUUUAUGGCCAGCUACGACUUUGAGUUCAGCAACUGGCCUGUUGACUUCCGGUGGGACGAGGCCGGCGUCAACGGCAGCCCGCCCAGCCAUGGUGGCAGCAACAGAGGCCACGGUGGCUGCCCGAUCCUGGUCAAAGCGGCGACGAGAGCGUGUCCGCUGGCUUCGGCCUUGAUAAGAGGCCCUAGCAGACACCGGGUCUCACGCUGGAACCUCCUCCGCCACUUCAAGCAAAUGCCCGGCCAGUGGGCCAGCUAUAUCAUGGCGCACUCUUUGGGCCGCUGGCUGAUCUACCCUGGCUCCGUCUUCCUCCUGAACCAAGCUCUGUUGCCCGUCCUGGCCAAGGGCCAAGCUCGCCUCUUGAAGGAUUACAAUGGGAAGCGGGCCAAGCUGGUGGCUCGCGACGGGAACAAGAUUGACACCAUGUUUGUGGACCGGAGGGACAAGCUGAAAGGACAAGGGGAGCAGCGAGGGAACCGGCUGGUGGUUUGCUGCGAGGGGAACGUCAGCUUCUACCAGUGGGGCUGCCUCUUCACCCCCUUGAGGACCGGGUACUCCGUGCUGGGGUGGAACCACCCCGGUUUCGCUGGGAGCACCGGCCAGCCUUACCCGGAGAACGACGCCAACGCGGUGGACGUCGUGAUCCGGUAUGCCACCUGCCGCCUGGGCUUCAACAUAGAAGACAUUGUUGUGUACGGGUGGUCCUUAGGGGGCUACUCUGCCACGUGGGCUGCCAUGACGUACCCGUCUCUGGGAGCCCUGGUGCUGGACGCCACUUUCGACGACCUGCUCCCCUUGGCCCUCAACAUCAUGCCCAAGAGCUGGAAGAAGCUGGUGGUUCGGACGGUGAAGGAGCACUUCAACCUCAACGUGGGUGAGCAGCUGUGCCGGUACCAGGGACCCGUCUUGCUGAUCCGCAGGACCAAAGACGAGGUCAUCACCACCUGCCCGUUUGGCCUGGAGGACCAGAUCACCAACCUCAGGUGCAACCGAGCCAACGAGCUGCUAGUGCAGCUCCUGGAGCAUCGCUACCCUGAAAUCAUGUCCCAGGACGGGUUGGAGGCUGUCCAGGUCUGGCUCAGGGCUGCCAACCCCAAACAGGAGGAGUCUGUUUACAAGCGGUACAGGAUAAAUGACGAGUGGUGUGUCAAGGAGCUGCAGAAGUACAAAGACAGCCUUGAGGACGGGAGCCCCUCUUUCCCUUGCAGGGUGGGGAAGCACCUCGCCCGCCGAGGGAAGCAGCUGAUGGCCCUGUUCCUGGCCAAGAAGCACAUGAGGAACGUGGACGCCACGCACUGGUCUCUCCUCAAGCCGGAUGACUUUCAGAUGCCCUGGAAGUUGUAGCAGGAGAUGGGGAGAGGGAUCAGGAGGAGAGAGAAAGACGCAUAAAGAAAGAAUGAGAAAGAGACAGGCU